AUGAACCCAGACAGAGUCCCAAAAGAGUUCAUUACCCAAAUCGAAACUGCCCUUCGAAUCGAAGACGAUACCCUUGACCAGCCACUACUUGCCAAAAAUGAAGAUACUAACGCAGAAACGACAGUGAAGCAGGUUGAACCCAAUACCAACAGCAAUGAGGAACCACCGAGAGUAGGCUCUCUCAAAAGACGGUUGAAAAUGACCUUCACUGGCAACCCCUUGAAACUGUCCGGCGGCGACUCCGAUAGGCACAACUGCCAAAUUCACUCUCAGGAUAAAGCAACUCGCUCGGAACACUCUGGUUCCGGUGCUGCUAGUUUGACGGAUAGCAACACAACAGGCACACAUGGGAGUAUUCACAUCCCGACAAAGAAGUCGCCGACUACUCCUCCUACCCCCAAGUUUCUGAAGUACGUCAGGUCGGCUAACGAUUAUAUCUUUCUGGAUCUGGACUUCUUGGAGACAGAUACGUCGAACAAGGUCAUUCAAGACGGCUCGCUAUCUGCGAUGGAGGAUAUGAAGCAGCAAGCACCAGAAGUGAGCCCUCCAGGAAAGAAGUCUCCAGAGACAGGGGGGCAUGAUACCAAAAAGGGCCUCCAAAAACAGAUCGCACAUAUCCGUGGCCUCACUGGAACCGAAGUGAGAACGGUAUCUCCGACUGAUUCCAAGUCUCCACGCCGAGUGGAUGAUAGCCGACAAUGGAAUACUGUGAACCUGAGAUAUGCAGAAGUUCAGCAGACAAUUGCCGAUCCGGAAACUAAGCCCGAGAAAACCAACAAUGCAAGACAUAUGUUGCAGAUGAUUGAGGGGCUGGGUUCGCAUGUCAAAGACAUGAGUACCUUUUCCCUAUGUAGCGAACCCGGAGGCUGCGGCAGACGUCGAGGCUCCGCACCGCACCACAAUUGUGUCAGCGUCUCGCGAACAGCUCGCCGCAGCGACCGAUACGAUUCAACCACCCAACGCCAACCGACAACAUCUCGUUGCGCAUCUCCGACGUUCAAGAUGCGUACCUACGACGAUUCUUUCAGCGGUCAGAAGAUCUACCCUGGAAAGGGUAAGCUGUACGUCCGUGGCGACAGCAAGAUCUUCCGCUUCCAGAAUGGAAAGUCCGAGUCCCUCUUCCUCCAGCGCAAGAACCCCCGCCGCAUCUCCUGGACUGUCCUCUACCGUCGCCAGCACAGAAAGGGUAUCUCUGAAGAAGUCGCUAAGAAGCGUACCCGCCGUGCCGUCAAGUCCCAGCGUGCUAUCGUUGGUGCUUCCCUCGACGUGAUCAAGGAGCGCCGCAACCAGCGCCCUGAGGCCCGUGCUGCUGCUCGCCAGCAGGCCAUCAAGGAGGCCAAGGAGAAGAAGGCCGCUUCCGAGAAGGCUAAGAAGGCCGAGAAGGCCAAGAACGCCGCCGCCGGCAAGGGUACCGCCCAGCGCAUCCAGAGCAAGCAGGGUGCUAAGGGCUCUGCCCCCAAGGUUGCCGCCAAGUCUCGUUAAACGGAAUAGAAGCGGUUUGGCUUGGGCUGGGGAGUAUGAAGGAAUUCAGGAGGUUUCCGGAGCUGGAAUUUGUGUCUCCUUCACAAAAUUUUAUGCAAUAAAUCGGCGUAUGUGCGAUGGUUUCUUGCGGACGAGAUUCCCGCACGGCUCUCAGAUAGGCUCUGUCAUUAUGCGCCAUGGUAUUUACCAGGAAAUGGAAAAAUGGAUGUGACAUGAUAGCCGUUUUUGUCGCUCUGGGCCUGUAGAUUCCUGUACGGGUUUUUUAGUUUACGAUGUGACAUAAUGUCAUAAUUGGAUUUAGAU